GCUACUCAAAUUCCGAUUCAACAUUGAUCACCCAUAAACAGAAAAACUUCCUUCUCUGUUCUAAUCAUGGAGAGUUUCACCCUGCAAUCACUGACCCUGACAUCCAUUCCUUCCUCUUUAUCACAAGGAUCAGUUUUGGAGGAACCUUCUGGUUAUGUCAAGGUUCUCAAACAUUCGGAUACGACGAAGUACCUGUAUACCACAAAGGGCUCAAAGCUCAAAGUUCGUAGCAUUAAAGCUCAAGCCUCGGGUUCAGCAACAUACAGUCCAAAUACGGCAGAGGCCGUUCCUGGGAAAACAGAUUCCAAAGAUGACAACGUAGUAUUUGUUGCGGGAGCUACUGGCAAAGUUGGUUCACGAACUGUGAGGGAGCUAAUAAAGCUUGGCUUCCGAGUGAGAGCCGGAGUGAGAAAUGCUCAGAGAGCGGAUUCGCUAGUGCAGAGUGUUAAACAAUUGAGACUUGAUGCUGCGAAUGCAAGUGAAGGGACUCAACCUGUAGAAAUGCUUGAACUAGUGGAAUGUGAUUUGGAGAAAAGAGAUGGGAUUACAUCGGCAUUAGGGAAUGCAUCAACCGUAAUAUGCUGCAUUGGUGCCAGUGAGAAAGAAGUUUUUGACAUCACUGGACCAUUUCGUAUAGAUUAUCUAGCUACCAAAAACCUGAUCGAUGCUGCAACCGUUGCCAAAGUAAAUCACUUCAUAUUAGUUUCUUCUUUGGGAACAAACAAAAUUGGAUUUCCUGCGGCUAUUCUCAAUUUGUUUUGGGGAGUUCUAAUUUGGAAGAGGAAGGCAGAAGAGGCAUUGAUAGCCAGUGGACUUCCAUACACGAUAGUGAGACCUGGAGGCAUGGAACGGCCUACUGAUGCUUUCAAGGAAACUCAUAAUAUAACCCUUUCAACAGAAGAUACUUUAUUUGGUGGUCUGGUGUCAAAUCUUCAGAUUGCAGAGCUCAUGGCAGUAAUGGCCAAGAAUCGUGAUGUUUCAUAUUGUAAAAUAGUGGAAGCAAUUGCUGAGACCACUGCACCGCUGACCCCCAUGGAGGAACUUCUUGCAAAGAUACCUUCUCAACGUGCUUAUGACUACCCACCCAAGACGCCAGAUGUAGCAGCUGUCGCUGAUCCAGCACAGUCUGCUAGUGUUGUGGUGGAGAAGCCCAGCAUUACUACUCAGGAAGAAACUGCACAACCAAAACCUGUGACUAAACAGCCACUUUCUCCUUAUACCGUUUAUGAGGAUUUAAAACCACCAUCAUCCCCUUCUCCGGUGAAACCUGAUGCAGUGCCUAAACCUAGUGCUUCUGAUACUCCCAGUAGCGCUCAAGAAAAAGAUGGCAUUUCUCAGGCAUCUGCCUCAGCAGGACAGGCAGCAGAGUCUCGCUCUCCAUAUGCAGCCUAUGAGGAUUUGAAGCCUCCCACUUCGCCAAGCCCUACACCAAGCACUUCCAAUGACAAACCUCUUGCUGCCUCAACAAUGGAAUUUGCACCCCAAUCUCCAGCAGCUGAAAAAACUACAUCUACCCGUUUCACUGAACCUGGUCCUUCUCAGGAAUCAAAAUCUUAUUAUUCUCCCUACCCCGUAUACCCUGACUUUAAGCCUCCUUCUUCGCCUUCCCCAAUGGCACCUAGGGUAUCGCCCUCAUUGGUGCCUGAGAUUAAUUCAGGUAAUGGCCCAGUAACUCAGCUUCCAGUAGCAGAUAAACCAAGCAAUGACCAAGAUCUUGAUGAACCAAAGACAAGACCUCUUUCUCCUUUUACCAUGUAUGAAGACUUGAAGCCUCCUGCAUCACCAUCACCUUCGCCGAAGAAUCAUAGUAAUUAAACACAUUGGAAGCAGAAUUGUUCCUGCAAACAGGAAAAUCAUGUUGGAAGAACCUGUGCGGCAGCUUAAAAUAAUAGGGGGAGUCACUAAAAUGGAGGAUUGGAAACAUGUAUAAUCAUUUCUUCCAGAAGUGAGCCGUUACUGGAUGACCCUUUUUUGGCGGAAGAGAACAAGGAUUAUUCUUUGUGGCAUGUAAAAGCGCAGCUAGUUCAGUUUUACCAUCUUAAUAAGUAUAUAUUUAAUUUAAUAUGAGAUUACUUUAGUUACUAUUUAAAUGUGUGUGUAAAACUCCAAACAGAGAUAUCUGUCUUAUUUCGUUUCUUUGAUGUUAGUUGGAGCACGUCUUACUUCCCAAGUGGUUGGAUUGGAGAGUAAGAUCAACUUGAGUUUUAAGCCAAAAUACGCAUCAACGAGAAUGAGAUCACUGAACUACAGAGGGGAAUUGAUUAC